AUGUUUUGUAUAUUUAAAGGUGAUAAUAUCAAAGAACUUGAGAAAAAGAUUGAAUUUCUUGGAGGAAUUAGAGUAUCAUCGUGGUCAAUAUCAUGUUCUUUAUACCUAGAGAGACUACCUGAUGGUUCACCCAAUGCACCCAGAGAGUUUCAUCUGUUAACCUUUGACGAAAAGAUAAAAAAGAGUUACAUGGUCAGUCAGUACACAGUUGUAGAAGCAGAUCGUGAAGUUGUAUCAAUCUUGGAGAAAACCAACAGCUAUAAAAAAAGACAAACCCAUGAGAUAUCAGGUAGUAAAUAUGAAAUAGGUGAUUUUAUCAUUAGAAUAGGACCGAUUGUUUUGAAUGCAGAUGUAAAAGCAAUUGCGGUGGAAGUAGAGUAUACAGCUUGCUCGGUUACAUCGACAUCACCAUUCAACGCAUCGAAACUACUCUCAGAGUUUAUCAGUGGAAACCUGGGAUUCCCAGCUGAUCAAGUACAAACCUCAUACGAUUUCAGUGCAUUCCCAGCACUGCCGCGAAACUACUCUGAACUACACACAUCGAUACAAUAUGUCAAUCUUUUUAAAAGUUUAGGUAGUGCAAGAUAA